AUGGAUUGGGACGGGAAAGAGUUUUCCUGGGAUCCACGUGGGCUGGAGCUGGCUAAUGGUGAAGGGCAGAUUGAAGAUGCUUCAGUGGAUUUGAGGCUUGGUGAAGAAAAGUCAGUCCCAGAUGUUGCUAAGGACUCAAGAGACUCAAAAACUGUGUCUUCACCAUGUGGGUCAUCAAAAAGAUCCCGCCUUCAGAAUGGAUCACAGAAUAUGUGUUGUUCUGUUGAUGGAUGCAACUCUGACCUCAGUGAUUGCAGAGAGUAUCAUAGGCGCCAUAGGGUCUGUGAAAAGCACUCCAAAACCCCAGUUGUGUUGGUGGGGGGGAAACAACAACGGUUCUGCCAGCAAUGCAGCAGGUUUCACUCACUUGGGGAGUUUGAUGAGGUUAAGAGGAGUUGUAGGAAAAGGCUUGAUGGGCAUAACAGGCGCAGGAGAAAACCUCAGCCUCCCUCUCUUUUCAUGGCUGCUGAGAAAUUCAUGUACAAUUACAAAGGACCUAGAAUCCUGCACUUUGGCAGCCCUGAGACAUAUGCCAACCCUAUUAUGAGGAGUAUGUGGUCUGCCACUGCCAAAGCUGGAGCUGAAUCUGGUUAUGAUCCACCUCGACUUUUAUACAGAAUUGACAAGCACAAGCAAGAUAAGGGACAUCCUCUUUGGCAAGAAAGUGACCCUAAAGUAGGCCAUUUAAAUGAAGCAAUGCUUGGAACUCCCAUUUGUCAGCCUAUUCAUGGCACCAUUACCCCAUCAACCGGUGGAAAGAGCAGUCGAAAGCUGUCUUCAGAUGCUAAACCUGGAUCCUUUGACUCAGGUUGUGCUCUCUAUCUUCUGUCAACACUUCAAUCACAAAGUCCAGAGUCGAGUAUGGUGCAAUCUAGCAUCUCCUGUCCAAUGCAAUCUCCAUCUGGAUCUGUGCAUUUUGAUGCUGUGAAUGAGUAUGCGUACUCAGAAACGGAAAAAGAUAAGCCUAGUGGUCAAGUAUUGGUUCUUGAUGCAAACACAACAAACCUUCAUUACAACGGAAUGCUGCAAAUGGGGCUUGAUGGGUUGGUUGACAAUGACGACCCGCUGACACUUCCCUUCUUGUGGGAGUAG